AUGUUUGGCGAAGCAUUUGAAAUAGCUGCUCGAAACUAUGCUCCAAAAUGGGGACUGGCGUCGGAUUCAAAACCUAAAGAGCCACUCGAUUACGCCGCUAAGCAGCUUCAGAAGCUUGGAAAGACGAUCUCCAGGAAAGAAAAAUACGAAGCUUCAGACGCACAAGUCAGAAGCCGCGAAAGAACUGAGAACCCGUUCCUCAAGGGCCUAGUUAUCUACCACAAAGGCCUCCAAUACACCAGAAACGGAUUCGCAGCGUUCCCCAUCGGACAUCGCGCGAAUGUGCUUAACGAGCCACUCAAAAUCCUGGCAGAAAGCAUCACGAAGAUCAAAAGCGGCGACUGGCAGCAAGUGGCGACGCUGAUAGGCCUCACAGCGGCCACUCUAGAAGACAUCAUCAUCGUCCUUCCAAAUACAGAGGAUGCGGAGAGCCUCCGAAAGCAGCUUUGCCAGAAAAUCUACAAUGCAAAACUAGUGUCCUUAGCCGAGAACGAAGGGCCUUUCACGAGAUUCAAAAGCGGCGAGAAAAGAAUCACGGGCACCUGGAACGUCGCAUCUGUAGCUUGCGACGGAGAAUACGAAUCUAUCCUUCUGCCAUGUUGGGCACACCCAAAAGUGGCAGAAUUGAUGUUCAAAAUCUGCAACGGCCAAGCUUCGGAAAACUGGUCAAUCAGCGCUGCAGCGAAAAUACAGCUCAGAAGCAACAACACUUCAUGGGAAGAGACAGCGGCGAAAAGACUCGACAUCAGCAUCGGGGGCCCAUUCACGACCCACAUCAGAGAUAUCCUCAUGGACGCAGUCAAAGCAGCAGGCCAUCGAGCAGCUAAAGAAAACCUCCCUGCAGCUGAACCCGAAAACUUCUUCCCAAAUAUUUGGACGCCAGCUCUGCAGGAAAAGAGUCAAAGAAAAAAAUUAAUUAAGUUUUCAGAAGCUUGA